AUGGCCCUCAAACCCUUCCCAGGGUUCGGAAUAUCCCAUUCAGGUACAUCUCCGCCACACACGCAGGCCUCGUCAAGGGAAAAGAGGAUCGAGGAGCGUGUUGGUCAGUCGCGGCAACUGCCCGAUCUGCGAUUGGCUCUGUGCGUGUACGCUAGACUUCAGACCAAGGGGCAUCCGUGGCAUAUGGGGACCACGUGGCUCUCACUCAGCCUGUAUUCACAACAACAACAACAACAACAACAACUACAACAACAACUACAACAACAACAAUCCUGGGCCCCUCCCAGAGACGACAAGAGGUGGGUCAACGCUGCCCUCUUUCGGCCGCGGGCGAUGAGGGAACUGGGCCGGGAAAUACAUAUGUCACCUCUGCAAGAAGUGGCGUCAAGCCAUUCCGGAGCGAUGGUGCCGCGGUUUAAUCGCACCGCAUAUUUUAGUUUCCUGGAAGUUCGCGGCCGUGUGUUGGGUAUUGCAGCAAGAAAUCUUAUGGCAGUGCAGUGCGUGCUCUUCAGAGGCCAGAGAAAACAUCUAAGACACUGA